AUGGCGGCCAUCAACGCUCUCGCGGCCGGCCCCCUGGCUGCCCUCCUCGCCGCCCUCUCGGCGGUCUUUUCGGCUUUUUCCUCGGCUGCCUCGGCGGUCAUCGCUCUUUCGGUUCUCGUGGGUCUCUCGCUUUUUUCGGCCUCUGGUGCGCGCGGUCUCUGGUUUCGGUCUUCGGCUCGUCGCUGCUCUUGGGGGUUGAUCCUCCUUAUCGUCCUGCUCGGUCUUGUGGGUUCGGUUCUCGGCUCUCGCUGGGAUCGUGGUCUUCUCGUCCGGCCGACUGGCAUCGGGGCGCCCAACGGGGGUGCUCCUUUUACGAUUCUCGGCUCGGCUGGUUCUUCGGUCCGGCGGUUGCGGGUUUACCGCAACAACGGCAAAGAUGGUUACCUCCGCGGGAUCGUCGCUUUUUUUUCGGACGGCACUGACCAGCGUGGCGGGGUCCGCAAGGACCAAUUUGCGGAGCUCGCCCUGGACGACGGCGAGGUUAUUACCGGGAUGACACUCUGGUCCUCUUCGGCUUCCGGCUUCUCUCGUGGCUCUUCGGUCUCCCACGUGGCGCGCAUCGACGUCACCACCUCGGCCCGCUCGUGGGGUUACGGCGCCGACAACACCGCCAAGUUGUCGGCCAAGGCUGUCUCGGUCGGUUCUGGUGUCCUCGUCGGCUUCCAGGGUCGCGCGGGCGACGAUCUCGACCAGCUCGCGCCCAUUUUCCUCAAGCCUCUCUCCGGUUCGCGCGUGGACGAGAUCGUUUUUGAUCCCAUCGGGGGUUCGGAUGGCCUCCGUCUCGUCACGCUUCGGGAAGGGUCGGCUUUGUGGAAUGGCACGGACUAUUCGUGGACCUUUUCGGGAUCGGAGAGUCGGGAGGCUUCGACCUCCUUCAUCAUGGGUUUUUCCGGGAGCCUCAGCGUGGGCACGACUUUUUCUGCGGCCUUCCCAAGGAUCGUCACGGCCGGCAUGAACGCGGGCUGGACGUCGGGCAACACGGAGUCCCGCGACAGGAAAUCCGGCACCGCCGCAAGCCUCUCCUGGAGCACGUCGAUCGACUUGACGGUCGACAAUCCGGCGGUCCAGUGCUCGGCAAUGGUUUGGGAGGGACGGUUGAACAUCGGUUGGUCGGGCGUCCAGACGGUCACGGCGGACGGAGCAAGCAUGUCCUUCCCGGUCCUUGGCACGGUCCAGCACGUCGCAUACGGCAAGGUCGAGACGGUCUGUAGUCCUCUCGUGGUGGACAGCAAACGGGCGGCUAAGAGAUGGGCUGCUUGAGUGCCAGCUCUCCUCCCAGGAAGCGGUCGAGCCCGUGUUCUCUCUCUGGCUUGGUCUUAUGGUUACG